AUGUCCGACGCCACGACCAACGACAAGUCGGUCACGGACCUCAAGUUCAACGGCCGGAAGGUCAUGUUCACCGCCUGGAAGGCCCGCAUCAUCGCGCACCUCAACUCCAAGUCGACGGAAGACAACUACAAGCGUGUUAUGGACGACAAGAAGCCCCUCAACUUGGCGCACUCUGAUUCGUUGCAAUUUAAGCCAAUCAUCAACGACGUCGAUUUCGCGGCCGACAUGCCGCCUUCCGCGACGGCAGCGAGCCUGGAGGCUGAAAAGAUGAAGCGCUUCUACUACCUGCGCAUGCAGGAGAGCCUGAUCAGGAGCUUAUUUGGUAAAGUGUUACCAAAUGAGUUUCUGAUUCAGCUCCCCGGCACGAUCAACAACCCUGACCUCAACCUCUCUGACGUCUGGGCGCGCCUCGAACGCGAGUAUGCGCAGUCGUCGCUCGAUGCAGUUGUGGCGGCACUUCCCCACGAGUACUUUGGCUAUAAUGUGAAACAAACGACUGACGGUUUUAAACUGUCUACCAUCGAGACACUAGUGAAGCAGGUGUUUAGCGGCAAGUCUAGUGAGGCUAUUGCAAACAUGUCUAGCAAGCACCCAAAACGUGAAGUGCACGUCAACCAAGCUAAGGUUCACCGUAACCAAGCUAAUAAGAGAAAGUCAACUGCCUACUCGGAGUGUUUUUACUGUCACGGCACCGCUAAUGUGGACGGCAAAGGCCAUCUAAAGGCCGACUGCGCCUUGCUUAAGAGCGACCUCAGCAAAGGAAUCGCACGCAAGAACUUCAAGGAGGUUCCUGCAAAGCGGAUCAAGGUGUCAACCAACACUGCUGUUGCAACGGCCAAAGCCCGCCUGAGUUCGAUGGCGAUCCCCGACAUGGACGAACUCCCGGACAGCGGACCGGACAAGUGGUCCUGCCUGACCAGCAUCGCGCAUAGUCUCGCGGACCAGACAACACGUAUGGAAGAGGAGCACAUGACGCCGCUCUCAGGAAACAACGCGUUCAGCUUGAUCAUUCCGACAGGCUCCACGACUGCAACUGUGACAAUGACGUUGCAAGAUGGCUACUAUGAGCGUACCAACGACGUUACCAAGUGGUUUUACGCGUCCCCCAUCCGGUCUUACAGCGCUGGUGGUAGUGGUCUCCCUUCUAGUAGUUUCACUCCGCGAGUCACGAUUCCUAGCUCGGAAUUUGGUAACUUGCUUGGGUUUGAACCAAGUACAUUGCCGGCGACUCCUUCUAGCGGCACGUUGAGCUUCCUUUCAACCAAAGCGCCACAACUCAAUCCAGCAUCGUCAUACACCGCACAACUGUCGGGCAAAUGA